AUGGCCCAUAAUGCUGCAGGCGCAGCUGACCUGCAGGCACGUCACGAUCAAUGGAAACGUCGAGGGGCGGAUGUUGAACUACUGACCGGGUCUAAAUGCCAAGAGUACUGUGGCACGGAUCAAAUUUCAUCGGCUUUGUUGGAUCGUCGCGCUGGCACCAUCAAUCCUAUGGGUUACACCACUGGGUUGGCCCAAUCCGUUGAGCAACUUGGUGGUCGAGUGUUCCAGAACUCUGCUGUCACUCAUUUGGAAAAGCAGAGCAGUGCAUGGUUGGUGAAGACCGCUAAUGGCGUUGUUGUCGCGGACAAAAUAGUGAUAUCGACAGGCGCAUAUACUGAAGGUGACUGGUCUGAGCUGCAGAAAAACUAUUUCCGUGGCUAUUACUACCAGGUGGCCUCGAAACCUCUAGAGGGCCCUGAAGCUGAUAACGUGCUGAGGCAUGGUCAAGGCUCCUGGGACACCCGAUUAUUGCACCGAGCUCUGGGGCAAUACGUCAAUGAUGACGAGAUAAACCAAAUUGUGCAGUUUGCUGAUCAGUUUUAUAGCUUUGCGGCGUUGGAGGAACUGAAGGAACGUCGAAUAUCUGAUCUGGCGGGAGCAACAAUUUCUUCAUGGCGGAUGCUCAUGCAGCAUGACGCCAAGACUCAAGCAGUCCGGGCAUAUAACCCGGAUUUCGAGCGGCAUGGUUGGCAGUCACCGCAUACUGUAGUAGAGAUGGUUUGUCCUCAAACUCCAUUUCUAAUUAACUCAAUUCGAAUGGAAUUGAAUAACCGUGGAUACAAUAUUCACACUCUGCAGACCGCUGUAUUUUGUCUCGAGCUUGAUAAAACCGGAAAAGCGGUGGGGCUAUCCACCCAGCCCUCUGAUGUCUGCGGCUCAUCCAAAACUGUAGUUGCUUUUUUCGAGAUUGAUCGUUGUUCAAGUUCAAGUGAACUCCGAUUGAUCGAAGCCGCAUUGGUAGAAGUGCUUGAAGAGGUUAGGCUUGUAGAUGCUGAUCUCGUACCUAUGAAGGCCAAGAUCAACGAACUUCGUGGUUCUCUGGGAAGGUUCGACCCAAACGCUCAAGCCUCAGAGGUCUUUUUCUAUUCUCAUGGGCAAAGCGUGCGCGAUAUACCAUGUAUCCGCUUGAAGGUUGCACAGGUCGAAGAGCGCUCAGGUUAUGGUGCUGAGAGCCAUUUGGGGCAGGAGCUUGCAAGAAUCCUUGAAGCACUACCUAGAGACGAUUUGUAUCAGAGCACCGUGGACGAGCUGCUUCCUACUGUCAUUUCCAUCGCGCAGAUUCAAGAGCGCUUCAAAGUUCGUGCUUUUUUCGAACUGAUCCAUAUGACCGUUUUUUCUAUUGCC